AAAGAAAGAAACAGAGUAGACCCAUUAAAAAGCUCUCCAAUCCAGUAUGAUUUCCUCCAUGUUCCUCAAUUUCAUGACAUCCCAUCAUUACUUCUUCACCUUUCCCUUUUUCCCUUUUAAUUUCUUCAUUUCCUUCAACCUUAUUGGAAAACCAAAACCCUUCUUCCUCCACUUCCCCUGUUUUCUUUUCAAUAUCCAUGGUAAUGAUGUCGCCUGAACGCGCCGCGGCGACUCCCUUCGAAUUCCGGGCACCGCCGCCAUCUCCCAUCAGAACCAGUCGGCGGUCCUCCGUCACAAACGAUGAGGUUCUCACAGAAUUCCUCGAGCACUCUCUCCGUGUCCCUGAUCUCGUUUUGCCGGAUACCAUUUUCCCGAGGGAGAGAUUUGUUGAGCACCCACCGAGAAUCGACUAUAGGUUGAUUGAAUCGUACGAUCGUGAUUCUGUUUUGAAGAUUUUGGAUUCAAUGUGUAGCUUUGGGUUUUUCCAAUUGGUGAACCAUGGGAUUCCGGUAGAGCUAAUUGGGGCAGUUGCGGGGGCGGCGGAUGCAGGGGUUUUUGGGAUAUCGCCGGAGAAGAAGGUGGGGGUGGGGAGGUCGCCGGAGAAGGCGUAUGGGUUUGAGGAGUAUUGGCAUGGAGAGGAUGAGAGUGAGGUUAGUGAAGAGUUUGUGUGGAGCAGAGAUGAAGAUUUGAAAAUGGAAAUGGAGGUCAUUUCGCCUAUUGGAUAUUCCAAUUUCAGCAAGAAAAUGGAAUGGCUAACACAACUAACAGAGAAAUUGGGAGAGAAAAUGUUAGGAAUUUUUCUAGAAAACAGUGGGAAAAUUGCAAGAAAUGAAGUGGUUUUAGGGCAUGGAUCAGUGUGGUGUGUUUACAAACACAAGAUCAAGCAAGGAUUGAGUGUUUGGAACGAUGAAUUAGAAAACUGUUUCAAACAUGAUGUCAUCAGAAUGCUCAUAAGAGGAACUGAUUUCUCUCAUGCUUUUUGCUUCCAUUUCUGCCAUGGAUCCUCUCCUCUAUUCCAUGCUUACUCCAAGAGAGGUUGGGUUUCUUUUGUACCCGAUGAUUCCGCCAUUGUUGUCACCGUCGGUGAUCAUAUUCAGGGUUGGAGUGGUGGGCAAUACAAGCAUGUGAUUGGUAGGCCAAUCUAUAAAGAUCAUAACAAAGAGAAACAGAGUGGGAGCAAUAAUAAUACUAAUGGCAUCUCAAUGGCUUUUCUCUUUUCUCCAACUCCUUCUUCAUCAUCAUCAAAUGCCCUCAAGUCCCCCAAUGAAAUUAGGACUCUUUCAUUAGCCCAUCAAGCUCUAUUUGCUCUCUUCUUAACUCUUUUUUACAAUUUUUUCUUUUAUAUUCUCAAAUACAUUUGACUAUGGUUUGCCUUUCUUUCUAUUUAUGUUUCUUUCAUUUAUCCCAUAUGUAUCACCUUUCAUUUAAAAUGAGAUAUAUAAAAUAUGAGUUUUCUUUCGUUUGAGUUAGUAUAUGUACACGAGAAUGAUUCUAGUUGUGUUACUAUCAUUUUCUUUUGUAUAUGAGCUUAUAUAAUUGAGAAGUAAA